AUGAGCCAUGGAUCGGAACAGAAGCAGUGACCUGAUUCAAAUUGAUAGCGACCACAGAGGGGUGAGGAUGAGGAUGGCCAUAGUGCAGGUGCUGGUGUGUUUCUUUAUCUAUAUUGACAUCUUCAUGCUCUUCACCUUCUUCAGUAAGCAGGCUUUCCGGGGCAAUGCACGCUACAUCCUGUUUGCUCACACCCUGCUGGUGGACACUAUACUUCUGAUACUCACAGACCUGGUGGUGCUGCUUGGCUAUUCCUAUGUGGUGCUUCCGGUGGGUCGCUGCGUCGUGCUCUGCAUUCUCAUGGGGAUUACCGCCAAAAACACGCCCUACACCAUCACCGCCAUGUGCCUGGAGCGCUACGUGGCCAUCUGCAUGCCGCUUAGACACGCCAGCAUCUCCACCACCGGCAGGACCAUGGCUGUCAUCGCUGUCGUCUGGGCAUUCAGCUCCGUCAGAGUCAUCGUGGAUCUCAUUAUUUUUGUUGUCUUGGCCCCAACGGAAUACUUUGCCAAGCCCACUUCAUGCUACUACCAGGUCAUGCUGGUGACUGAGUGGCACAAUCUCAUGUAUGUCAUAUUUAAUCAGAUGGACUUUGGUAUUAUUAUGGUGAUCAUACUGUUCUGUUACACCAAGAUCAUGCUGGCAGCUCAGACUGCCUCUGGAGAGAAUAAGCAGUCUGUGUCAAAGGGGCGACGCACGCUCCUGUUCCACGGCCUGCAGCUCAUUCUGUGCAUGGCUGAACUGUGGGGCCCCUACAUAUCAGCUGUUGUUUUGGAGCAAAGUCCACACUUGUACCUGCACAUCCGAUUCUUCAGUUUCGUUGCAUUUACGAUUGUCUCAAGGGCCCUGAGUCCCCUCAUCUAUGGCCUUAGGGAUAAAAAGUUUUGCCUUGCCCUGAAAUAUUACAUGAGCUGCAAGGUCUAGCCCCUCUCUGGAGAAAUGUAGCAGCUUAGGAGUGUGUAUGAAUGUGUAACAGAGAAAGCCACACAAAAAAGACUUCUGUGUACAUUGGUAUCAGGAGACUGAUCGCCUACAUUUCAAAAUUAGCUGUGUGCUGGUGUCCCAAGCUUGAUAUCAAUUGAUCUCAAUUCCUUAUAAAAUUAAAAGGUCACAUUUUUCUGGAAAGGAAGUAGGAGUGAUGAAAUUGUUUAUAUGAACACAUAUAACUAAACAUUUUUCUGUUUUCAUUUUUAAUAAAAAUGUAACUAGUGCAUCAGGAAUUACAGCUUUUAUUGUCCUAAGCACAUUUAGUUCAGCAAUGAAUGGUAUUCACCAUGUAAAUUAUGUGUUUCCCCACCUGAACAAAAAUACAGACUGCCACAUCUGUGACUUCCAGUGACAUCUCAUGGCUGGGUGUAGGGCUGUUCUUCAUUCCCGUAAGAAAUGGCUUUUUAGACAAUCAGUUGCCAGCACCAGAUUGUAGAUAAUAGUGCCAUUUCCUGAUCAGCUCAGUUAUGAGGUACAUGUGUGUGUCUUUACAAUAAUACCUCAUUUUAACUCUCACAUGAGAAAGCUGGUUAUUUUGAUAGGCUCACUUGAAGUGAUUACCUGAAUUUUAAUAUCUUGUUUGUGUGUGUGUGUGUGUGUGUUCUCUUUCGCCAAAUAAAAUUUUGAAAUUA